CGUAUUAUUUGAAAAGAACGUAUUAUUUGAAAAAUAUCGUUUCAAGGGCAUCUUGUAUUACGGUGAUAUGAACGUCGCUUGUAGGUAAUAGGUCCUUGGUACGAGGUUGGUUUCAAAAGCUUUACCAAAAAGAGACCUAAUUAAACGUCUGUUUAGUGAUAUUAUUUUCUAGUUCGCCUUACUCAACCGAAAAUAACUUUAUUUAUUUUCUAAAUUCCAUGUAGGAAAAUAACAACGCGGUAUUUAGCAGUGUAGUUGUCUUAGCUAGGACGUGUCUUCGUCUGUUUAGUGACUUUAAGAAAUUUCACUGUCCAGCUUAAACGCCCACCUUUAAAGGGCAUGAUAGUUUACAACCUCUGCAUGUACACACAUAACCUCGUUCCCAUGCCCCAUUACUUACCUUUAACCCAAAAUUAGAGAAAAUACAAGAUGUCUUGGUGAGAGGGAUGGUUUAAACACAGAGUAAAACCUGAUGUGUGAGUUUAAAAGAAGUACAGGUGUAUUUUUUUGUUUUGUUUUGUUUUUUAUUAUUUUUUAUCUUUGUUUCGUUUCUUUAUUUAUAUCGAACAAAAAAUUACGGAAAUACAAUGUGAUAACGAAACAAAGCAAGCCAGAUGAAGUUUUUGUUUCUUCUCAAUCGCGAAAUAGAAAAAAGCCGAAAAUAACAGUGGGAGUAAGCCUAAGUUUACGGAAACAAGUUUGUGUAAAUAUAAAACUGGGGAGAGUCACAGUUGGUGUUGUCACGAAAUGAGAUAUAACUGAUUCGGAUUUGCGUUCUUUUUGUCUUCCCCUUUUCAAGUUUUCAGGUUGAAGAUUCGUCAGAUGUUAACAUUACCAAAAAACAUUAAGUGAGAAUUGGAUUUCUGUGGUGACAAAAAGAAACAAAAUGGAACAAUUUACGAUUAUAAGCAUAAUUCUACUGGUUGCUAAUGCGAACAUGGCAUCGAGUACUGUCGAUUCUAAAGUAGAUAUAAAAAACAGGCAAGCUAAAUGUCUUUUCCCUGGUAAAAAAUCAUUUUCGGCUUCACAAUCUGGGAAAAAAGAAAUCUAUUUUGGUGACGUCAAAACAGUAUUCACAAGUGAUGUAAAGAGGAAGCUGAAAACGUACUGCAGCAAAUGUGGAUUUAAUAAAGUCGAAUGUAACUGUACCUACCUUUUAAGCAUUUGCAAUUUUAUUAAAAUGAAAAGGAGAAAAAAUUUUACUUUUAAUUGUAUACGAUGGGAAAAUUUAACUAAAGCAUCGUUUAACGUCUUCUUUGGAAUUUGCGGAUUAGUUGGCAAUUUCAUCGUCCUUGCCGUGACGUGUUUCGCGCUCAGAAAAGUAAGCCGAUGCCAAUAUAUGAUCACAUGUCUAGCAGGUGUUGAUUUUGCAUUUUCCAUUCUGCAAAUUAUCAUAAAUGUGCCGCACUUUUGGACUUGUAGCUGGCUGUACGGUGAAUAUAUGUGCAAGUUUUUUUACGGUGCAAGCGAUUUAAGCUUUGUAUUAGCGUUGGGCUUUAUUUUGCUUAUUGCGAUUGAAAGAUUCACUGGGGUGGUGUGGAAUGUAAAAAAAUGCCGAAAGAGAAGAAUACUAUUUAUAGGUAUUGGAGUCAAUAUAACUUUAGCGCUGAUUAUAACAUUGACGCUUUCUCUAAAGACAUCUUUAUUUAGUGAAGAUUUAGGCGAGAAAAAAAUAUGUCGAGUGACAUGGUCAGACUAUUCGCUUCGAGUUUAUCAUUGGACUGUUUUUGUCGCCUGUUUUCUCAUUCCAAUAUGCGCGGUUGGAGUUUUAUAUUACUGUGUCAUAAAGAAGCUUCGUUCUGAAACAAAAAAAGCCUUUACCGCUAUCUUGGAUAACAGACAACGCAUCAAACGUCUUCGAAAGAACAAAAGGAUCAUGAAAACAUUGAUUUGCUUAAUAAUAGCACUUGUAAUUCUUGUACUUCCCAAUCGAGUGGUUUCCAUACUAUUCAGUUAUACUCAUUUUAAAUCUGUAACAGUUUACGCUAUAUUGGUCAUCAUUAAAUACGUACCGUAUUCUUUGCAUGUUGCCAUAAACCCAAUAUUGUAUUCGAUUAUCGAUGUUAACUUUCAAGAUGAUAUGAAGCAUCUGCUUAAGUGCACACUAAGAAGAAAUAAUAGUAGUCAUUUAAGUGAUCAUUCGGGAGCCAAUCACAGAUAUGUGAAUACACAACGGGUACAUUGUCAGACUCCAUCGAGAGAAAGAAUAGAACUUCAUGGUCGUAUUGUUCAUUAAGAGUUCGAUCACAAAACACGAUUUUAUGAUAAAUUCACCUUCGUUCCCACGGACUUUUGCCUUUUUUGGUAUGAGAUAACUAACAGGCAAAAAUCCCUGGGAACGAGGGUAAUGAUCAAUUUAUAAAUUUAUGGAGAACAUGAAAACAUUUUUAUUUGAAUGGCAGCCUGGUCAAAGGACAUGCUUUGUCAUGCAGCAAUAAAAAAAUCAAUUUGUAAUAUAGACGUAAUUAUUUAUUUAUUUAAAAGCAUUUUAGCAGCGAAGGGGUGACUACUACCCUCUGUCGCUACUACUUCAAAGGUAGAAACUUUCACGGGCUUCUGCCUAUUUCGCGAGGAAAAAAGUUAGGCAUAGACUUUCGCGAGAGACCACGGUUUUGCACAUUUUGUGGAAAAUACGUUCGCGAGUAAUUAAAGAAAGAUGAAAAAAGCUUAAAAAUUUUUAUGCAUAUUCACAUUUUUAGAACAGAUUCAAAUACGGUUAAAGGGGACCUCGUACCUCAAAAAAACGUUGCUAUAUCGAAAACAUAUCUGGUCUGGAUAACGAAUUCAAUGAUUAAUAAUUCCUUUCUACUCCGGUAUCUCUAAAAUAAGCAAAAACAUUUUACUAAAAUUAACCUCUUUUUAUG